AUGGGAGAGGUCGCGGACAUGUACACCCAAGACGGGACGGUGGACAGGAAGGGGAACCCCGCCGUGAAGAAGGACACCGGCAACUGGCGGGCCUGCCCCUACAUCCUCGCGAACGAGUGCUGCGAGAGGCUGGCCUACUAUGGCAUGAGCACCAACCUGGUGCACUACAUGAAGACCCGGCUUGGCCAGGUGAACAGCGUCGCCUCCAACAACGUCACCAACUGGAGUGGGACGUGCUACAUCACGCCGCUCAUCGGCGCCUUCUUUGCCGACGCCUACCUGGGGAGGUUCUGGACCAUCGCCAGCUUCAUGAUCAUCUACAUUUUCGGCCUGGCGCUGCUGACGAUGGCGUCGUCGGUGAAGGGGCUGGUGCCUACAGGGUGCGGCGACGAUGACGUGUGCCACCCGACGGACGCGCAGGCGGCAGUGGUGUUCGUGGCGCUGUACCUCAUCGCGCUGGGCACGGGCGGGAUCAAGCCCUGCGUGUCCUCCUUCGGCGCCGACCAGUUCGACGAGAACGACGAGCGGGAGAAGAAGAGCAAGAGCUCCUUCUUCAACUGGUUCUACUUCUCCAUCAACAUCGGCGCGCUGGUGGCGUCCACGGUGCUGGUGUACGUGCAGACGCACGUGGGCUGGGGCUGGGGCUUCGGCAUCCCCGCCGUGGUCAUGGCCAUCGCCGUCGUCAGCUUCUUCGUGGGCACGCCGCUGUACAGGCACCAGAAGCCCGGGGGCAGCCCGCUCACGCGCAUCGCGCAGGUGCUCGUCGCGAGCGCGCGCAAGUGGAACGUGGCCGUGCCCGCCGACAAGUCGCGGCUGCACGAGACGCUGGACAAGGAGUCCGGCAUCGAGGGCAGCCGCAAGCUGGAGCACACGGACCAGCUCGCGUGCCUCGACAGGGCGGCCGUCGUGACGGCCGAGGACAGCGCCGCGGCGGGGUCGGCGACGGCGAGCCCAUGGCGCCUGUGCACGGUGACGCAGGUGGAGGAGCUCAAGAGCGUGAUCCGGCUGCUCCCCAUCUGGGCGAGCGGGAUCGUGUUCGCGGCGGUGUACUCGCAGAUGAGCACCAUGUUCAUUCUGCAGGGCGACACGCUGGACCAGCGCAUGGGGUCCAAGUUCAAGAUCCCCUCGGCGACGAUGUCCAUGGUGGACACCAUCAGCGUCAUCGUCUGGGUCCCCGUCUACGACCGCGUCAUCGUGCCCAUCGUGCGCUCCUACACCGGCCGGCCCCGCGGGUUCACUCAGCUGCAGCGGAUGGGCAUCGGCCUCGUCGUCUCCAUCUUCUCCAUGGUGGCGGCGGGCGUGCUGGACAUAGUGCGGCUGCGCGCCGUCGCGCGGCACGGCCUGUAUGACAAGGACGACCACGUCCCCAUCUCAAUCUUCUGGCAGAUACCGCAGUACUUCAUCAUCGGGUGCUCGGAGGUGUUCACCUUCGUGGGGCAGCUGGAGUUCUUCUACGACCAGGCGCCCGACGCCAUGAGGAGCAUGUGCUCGGCGCUGUCACUCACCACACUCGCGCUUGGCAACUACCUCAGCACGGUGCUGGUGACCAUCGUGGCACACAUCACCACCAGGAACGGCAACAUCGGGUGGAUCCCGGACAACAUCAACCGCGGCCACCUCGACUACUUCUUCUGGCUGCUCGCCGUGCUCAGCCUCCUCAACUUCCUCGUCUACCUCGUCAUCGCCAGCUGGUACAAGUACAAGAAGACGGCCGAUGAUAACCCGGACGCCAAAGGGGAGCACUGA